AUGAAGUACGUUGUUGUUUCUGGUGGUGUUAUUUCUGGUAUCGGUAAAGGUGUUUUAGCCUCAUCUACUGGUUUGUUAUUCAAAACUUUAGGUUUAAGAGUUACCUCAAUUAAAAUCGAUCCAUAUAUGAACAUCGAUGCCGGUACCAUGUCUCCAUUAGAACAUGGUGAAUGUUUUGUUUUAAACGAUGGUGGUGAAGUUGAUUUGGAUUUAGGUAAUUAUGAACGUUAUUUAAAUAUUACUUUGACUAGAAACCAUAACAUUACUACUGGUAAGAUUUAUUCUCAUGUUAUUGAAAAGGAAAGAAAUGGUGAUUAUUUGGGUAAAACUGUUCAAGUUGUUCCUCAUAUUACCACUGCUAUCCAAGAAUGGAUUGAAAGAGUUUCACGUAUUCCAGUUGAUGAUACUGGUUUGGAACCAGAAGUUUGUAUCAUUGAAUUGGGUGGUACUGUCGGUGAUAUUGAAAGUGCUCCAUUCGUUGAAGCUUUAAGACAAUUCCAAUUUAGAGUUGGAAGUGAAAACUUUGCAUUGAUUCAUGUUUCUUUGGUUCCUGUUAUUCACGGUGAACAAAAAACCAAACCAACUCAAGCUGCUAUUAAAGAUUUAAGAUCUUUGGGUUUGACUCCAGAUAUGAUUGCUUGUAGAUGUCAAGAAGAAUUAGAGGUUGCUACCAUUGAAAAGAUUGGUAUGUUCUGUCAUGUUGGUCCAGAACAAGUCAUUGCUGUUCAUGAUGUUAACUCCACUUAUCACGUUCCAUUGUUGUUGAAAGAACAAAAAGUUAUGAAAUAUUUAACUAAGAGAUUAGCUAUUGGUGAAAUCGAUAAAGCAUCCAUUACCAGAGGUGAAGAAUUAUUGACUAAAUGGAGACAUUUAACUACCAGCCACGAUAGAUCUUUUGAAACCGUCACUAUUGCCUUGGUUGGUAAAUACACCCAUUUACAUGAUUCUUACUUGUCAGUUAUUAAAUCAUUAGAACAUGCUUCUAUGAGAUGUCACAGAAGAUUAAAGAUUGACUGGGUUGAAUCUACCAACUUGGAAGAAGAAACCAAAAAGGAAAACUUGUCCGAAUACCACAAAGCAUGGCACCAUGUUUGUCAAGCAGACGGUAUUUUAGUUCCAGGUGGUUUUGGUUCUAGAGGUAUUGAAGGUAUGGUUGCUGCUUGUAAAUAUGCCAGAGAAAACGAUGUUCCAUACUUGGGUGUCUGUUUAGGUUUACAAAUUGCUGUUAUUGAAUUUGUCAGAAAUGUUUUGGGUAUCAAAAACUCCACUUCUAUGGAAUUUGAUGAUUCUAUUCCAGAAAGUGAAGCUUCUGUUGUUUACAUGCCAGAUGUUGAUCAAGUUAAAUUGGGAGGUACCAUGAGAUUGGGUAUUCACGAAACCAAAUUCGUUGAAGAUUCUGAAUGGUCCAACUUGAAGAAAUUAUACGGUGGUGCUGAUGCUGUAUAUGAAAGACACAGACAUAGAUAUGAAGUUAACCCAUUAUUGAUUGAUUCAAUUGAAGAAAAAGGGUUGAAAUUCAUUGGUAAAGAUGAAACCGGUAAAAGAAUGGAAAUGAUUGAAUUGAAAGAUAACCAUAAAUUCUUUGUUGGUACUCAAUAUCAUCCAGAAUACUUGUCUAAAGUUUUAGAUCCAUCAAGACCAUUCCUUGGUUUGGUUGCUGCUGCUAGUGGUACAUUGGAUUCUAUUUUGGAAAGUGAUGAUUUGAACUACAAGGGAGAAUUUUAG